AUGGAUUACGGUGCUGGUGGAUAUGAAGUAAGUUUGAUUUUUUUGGGUUGGAAGGUCGAAAAAGAACUUUUUUAAAUCCUUGUGAUCUGUUUUGAUACCAAAUUUAAUCUAUAUUUGAGAUCUUUUUUUAAUUUUUUUGUCGACUGAAAAAAUUUUGAAGUAUUUUGAAGAGUGGUUUUUAUAAAAAUAUUUUUCCAGGAAGGUUACGGAGCUCCCCAGGAGUAUGCCAACUAUGGCUACGGUGCGCCAGUUCUGCCACCUCGCGGUGGAAUGCCCCCAAGAGGCGGCCCAGCCCCUCGUGGAGGCGGAGGCCCAAGGGGAAGAGGAGGUCCCCCUCGCGGCGGACAUCCAGGACAACGCCCAGGCCCCGGUGGAUUUGGCGGAGGCGGCCAAGGCUUCGAUGGAUUCGGAGGAGGCAAUCCGGGAUUCCAGCCACCCUACGAACAAAGCCCACUCGAUGCGGAAGUUGAGAUUGUCACCAGAGAAAUGCAUCAAGAGAUUGGAUUGUUGGAUCAAGGAGGAGAAUAUGGAGAGCAGUUCAAGAACGCCAGAAGAUUGUUGGUCACUGGUGAGUUGGUUUUUGUUUUUGUCGUUGGAUUUUAGGGAAAUUGGAAGAGUCGAAGCAAAAAUGGAUCAGAAAGCUGGUCUAAUAUGAUUUUUUGCAUUGGUAAUGAGUCUUGUUGCAGAAGUCGAGCGUCUCGAGAACAAUAUUGACCCAGAAUGGUUGGAAGUUGACGUCGAGAAGCCGAUUCGUCUCAUCCGCAAGGUCCUGAUCCCAACUUUCCGCCAUCCUCGCUUCAAUUACGUUGGAAAAGUCCUCGGACCGAAAGGAACUACUCUCCAAAACAUUGCCAAGCAGUUCAAGUGCCAUGUCUACGUUUUGGGAAGAGGAUCCACUCGCGACAGAAAACAGGAAGAAGAACUUUUGAACUCGGGAGACCCGGCUUAUGCGCACUAUGCUGGACCGUUGCAUGUGAAGAUUGAGACAAAUGCUCCGCCUUCAUUGGCCUACCAAAGAGUGGCAAACGUUCUGGAUGUCUUGAGACAACUUUUGCAGCCGGUAAGAGAGGAGGUUUAUGUUUUUGUAGGGAACUUUUUGAAAUUUUGAUUUGUGGAGCAAUAAGCGAGUGGUGGAAAAUAUUGUUUACUUGGGAGUGUAAGUAGACUCUGACUAGUUGUAAAAGAAAUUAAAAAUUUAAUUCAAAAUUAGACGUCAUUUUUAUAUUGUAGUAGGCAAAUUUUUGAGAUAAUUUUUUUGCAGACGGAAGGUCGUAGAAAAGUAUUUUUAAUAUACGUUUAUAGGUAGGUUACAUCUUGCUGCAACAUUAUUUUGAUUUUACAUGAAAAAUUAGACAUCUUUUUAUAUUGUACUAGGCAUUUUGUUCGAUUUUGACCUCUUUUUUCCAGGUGAAAGAAACCCACAUUCCCGGAAUCACCACUGGUGUCCCAGAAGGCGACGACAAGGACGACAAGAAUGGCGAUGAUGAUGACGAUGACGGCGACAAAGAAUUGAAAGGACUGAAGCCACAGCCAGGAGGUGGACCACGCGGCCAAAAUCGCCCACCAAGAGGAGGCCCACCCGGCGGCAGAGGAGGCCCGGGACGUGGAAUGGGCGGCCCCAGAGGCAAUGGAAUGGGCGGCAGAGGAGGCCCACCACGAGGCGGUGGCCGCGGAGGUCCAGGCGGCCCCAUGCGUCGUGGCGGACCCCCAAGAGGCGGCGGAUUCGCCCCAUACUAA